UUUCAGCGCGGAACCGGAGCGCGUUUAUAUACAGAGCAGGGCCCUCGGCAGCGUUCGCGGCGUCUGUCAAGGAAGCGGACGGACCCAGCGGAGUAAUUCUCGCGAAGACCGUAUCUUAUAAACCUGUAUUUUCCGGGGAAUACCAGCACGCCUGAAUUUCAACGUUUGUAUCUGCGGAAGGAGAGUUAAACGGUUGUUAUUUCUUCGAGGAACGAUGGCAGAUUCGAACAACGGCGCUGCGACAGUCGGCGGAGCCGCAGCCACCGGUAGCGGCGCCGCCGCUGGGCCUGGAAACGCCACGGCACCUGGCGGACCGACCGGGGCGGCGGGGUCCAAACCUGGCUUGGAGUCGGUGAAGGGGCAAAAUUUCGACGUGGGACCCCGCUAUACGGACCUGAUGUACAUCGGCGAGGGGGCGUAUGGAAUGGUUUGCUCGGCCUAUGAUAACGUUAACAAGCUGCGUGUGGCCAUUAAGAAAAUCAGCCCUUUCGAGCAUCAGACGUAUUGCCAGCGCACCCUGAGGGAGAUCAAGAUCCUGCUCCGAUUUCGCCAUGAGAACAUCAUCGGCAUCAAUGACAUCCUGAGAGCCCGGCACAUUGACAACAUGAGAGAUGUCUACAUUGUGCAGGACCUAAUGGAGACAGACUUGUACAAACUGCUGAAGACUCAGCAGCUCAGCAAUGACCACAUCUGCUACUUCCUCUACCAGAUCCUUAGAGGCCUCAAGUAUAUCCAUUCAGCUAAUGUGUUACACAGAGACCUCAAGCCCUCCAAUCUCCUAAUCAACACCACUUGUGACCUCAAGAUCUGUGAUUUUGGACUGGCUCGGAUAGCUGACCCAGAGCACGAUCAUACUGGCUUCUUGACAGAAUAUGUGGCGACCCGUUGGUACCGUGCCCCUGAGAUUAUGCUCAAUUCCAAGGGCUAUACCAUGUCCAUUGAUAUUUGGUCAGUGGGGUGUAUCUUGGCUGAAAUGCUCUCCAACAGACCCAUUUUUCCAGGGAAGCACUACUUGGACCAGCUGAACCACAUACUGGGCAUCUUGGGCUCCCCUUCUCAAGAUGACCUGAACUGCAUCAUUAAUAUGAAGGCCAGGAACUACUUGCAGUCUCUUCCCCCAAAACCCAGUAUUCCAUGGCUUAAACUGUUUCCCAAGGCAGACAACAAAGCCCUGGAUUUGCUGGACCGGAUGUUAACCUUUAACCCCAACAAGCGCAUUACAGUGGAAGAGGCCCUGGCUCACCCUUACCUGGAGCAGUACUAUGACCCCUCGGAUGAGCCAGUUGCAGAGGAGCCUUUCACGUUUAACAUGGAGCUUGAUGACUUGCCCAAGGAGAAGUUAAAGGAGCUAAUUUACGAGGAGACUGCACGUUUCCAGGCAAAUUACCAGGGGUCCUGAGGGACCAAUAAGAGGAUAGAAAACUGGGGUGAUGGGAUUGAAAGGCAAUGAGGAGUUGAGGAGAAGGGUGGGAUUCACAAGGACUCCCAGAAAGAAAACAUACAGUAAGAUACAUGUAUGAGCCACUUGGAGACACCCCAGCUUGUGUUUCUGUUCAACCAAAAUAGGUUCUUCGAAAAACGAUCAAAUCUUUCCUGUAUUAUUUAGCAUAAUAUCUAACUUAAAAUUAAUUUUACACUUUCUGGGAUUCGUGAACCUAGAGAAGUAUUGCUCUUUUUAAAGGCUGAAUGUUAAAUGGUACUUUCAGUCUUCGGGGAACUGCCCUUUAAGAUUAUAUCUAAUCAAAUAAAUGGCAGGUCUUUGACACACAAAUCAAUAUUUUAAUAUUCAUGAAAUGCCUAAACAAAUCUGAUGUAUUGCAUGCAUAGUAUUUGUUCUAUAACUUAAAGCAAGAUAAAACGCGGUCUUACAACUGUGCAUAUUUUCAGCUUUGAAGACAACGGCAAAGCAGAAAAGGCUUCAAACAAUUAUUAAAAUGUACUGAACGUAAUGUUUAAUGGAUAACGUUGUAUGAGAGAAGUCAUGUCUUCAAUAGGUUUCCUCUGUCAUAGCUCUGUAAUUCAACGGUUUAACUGUUGUUGGUAUGUGUUGUUGAUCCUUCCUUUGACUGGCCUUUUCAAUUCUCUGCAUCCAUGCCCUUUAUUCCCCCUGUGUCUUGCAGUCCUCCCCAGCUCUCACUGGGCUGUGCCCCGUCACCCGUCGUGCGUAUUGCUGUAUGGACCCUUCUGUCUAUUUUUAUUUCUUCACAAAAGGGCCAUUGUUGGUCUGUAAACGUUGAUAUAAUUUUGUUUACAUUUCAAGAAUAACUGUUGUGACUUACGGUUUAUGGCCAGACUUUUUUUUUUAGGUUUAUGGAAUUUAAAUUGAGUCUAUAAAAUACUUGUUUUACUGUUUAGAGAUGAAAUUUCUAUUUUAUGGUCUUUAUGUUCAAGUUUGGUUGGAAUAUUUCUUAGUCACAUGGUCAUUUAACAUAUGUUCAUUUAAUGGUAUAUAGUGAGACACUUUACUGUUGCCCUAACUGCCUUUCAAAUUGGUGUAUUUUCCUCCUUUCAUCCCACUUUUCCUCUAUUUCAGAAAGUUACUCAUCCAUCUAUAUGUUUAAAAAAAAAAAAGUCCCAGCCUUUGCUCUGUUUUGUGCAUGUGUAUUUUCCCUGUCAUUGUCCCUUAUAUGGUGUUUGUCUCUCCCUUUGUCCUUAUAUUUCAGGGAGUUUUUGUGUAAAUAUUCUUACCCUUUUUGUUGGCAUGGCCAGCCAGGUCUAUGAUUAUUUAUUAAAUGACAGUUGUACCUUUUAAGAGGAUGUCUUGCUCACAGUUAUCUUCUGUAUUUCAUUUUGUUUAAUGGUUUGAUUGUACUAGUUGUGGGAGAAGUUGCUCCUGUUAUAAAGCCUUGAGCAGCAGACACAUCCUUGAUCUGUCACUGAUUCCUAUAUAACAUUUAUCUUUCUCACCCAGUCCUUCAACCUUCAAUCGGCAUUCCCCUUACAGCGUUCCUGUUCCCAGUACACCCCAAUGAGCUUUGCUACUCCACCACAUCUGCUAAAAUGGGGAGUCUGUACCACAUUGCCACGCCAUUGUGUUGUCACCCAAAGCUCACAGAUAUGCUUUGUUGUUGGAAGUGCUGUCCUGUCACAUCUGCAUCUCGACUUCAAUGUUUCUGAAAGGGCUCACAUAACGGCUGUGGUAAUAAAGUCCAUAUCUGUUUAGGCUUGCCUACUUUGUGAAUAUUUGUAAGAUGCCUAUGUUAAUGACAUUUUAUAUGUGAGAUUUGAUAUUGUAAUUUCAAAUUUAUAAAGUAAAUAUAAAACACCCAUUGACAGUUUGUGAAGGUUUGCAGUUGCUUUCUGUUAAGAUGACAUGUACGGUCUGUUGCUCGUUUCAGAAAAUGCCUCGUCUCUACAUGUUGGGGAAUUGUCCAUGGUGAGGCAGUUGUGUAAUAUAACUAGUGAUAAUGUGAUGCAAAAAAAUAGAAAUUGAAGCAAAUGGGCAUCUCGCAUGGCAAUGGUACAUACUGUUUUUGCAUAUUAGGCAGCCGCAAUUAUCGUUGUUUAAAAACAGAUUUCCUUAAAGGGACCAGAUGCUGAUUAGUUGUCUUUUGCUAGUUCCCUGAUAAAGUGCUGCAUACAUAAUAAAAGUGAUGAUUAACAGUAUCUGACAUCUAGAAUUUUACACUGGUGAAAAACAUGAAUGAAUUGAACUGUUCUUGUAAUCUGUAGUUAAAGUAUAUGGAAUGCGUAUAGGUCAUCAACCUUUUUUUUUUUUAAGUUGCUGUUAUUCCUGUGUAUAUUGUUAUAUUGGUGAAGCUUUGGCGUUUUUUAUUAUUACAGAAAAGGGACUUGAUUUUUAUUCCCUCUUUGUUUUGGGUGUAAUAAAAGCCAACAUUUUGUUUCCGACUUUUUUUUUUUUCUAAAUAUUAAAAUGGAAUUAUUUUAAAAGUAUGAAAUACUCAGAGAUUAAUAGAAAAUGUAUACAGAAUAUGGGUAUUAUGAUAAACAGAAGUUAAAUAAAAUUUCCAUUCUGAAUAUUA